AUGAAGAUGGAAGAUCAGUCUAUGAGUCCCAAGGAUGAUAUUCUCAGCCAAACACAAGAUCCACUGGAGAGAAGGAGACUGCAAAACCGCCUUUCCCAAAGAAACCACCGUCGCAAGAUUAGGGAACGCAUUGCAAAGCUUCAAGAUCGCGUCAUCGCCAACGAACUGAGAGCUGCAGCUGCUCUAAACGGAUGGGAUCAGUUAUAUAAUCCUUCGCUGUUCCCGAGGUCUCAUUCCUCUUACUCGGAGACUGAGCCCGUCUUUACCUCGCGCGGUGUCUGUGUCUCCCCUUUAAUCCCAGACCAAUGUACCUCAUUCAUGCCGUCAUAUCCACCGUUCUCGCAAUCAUGGCCAAACGACCUCAACACAUUCCCACAACAGGCGUACCCUGGCGACCUAUCCCAAUUUACUGGACUGAACCAUAUCACAUCACCACCCAGCUCUGGUAUCAGUGGGGAGACAUACCGGGAAAUGAUAAGUACACCGGAGACGUUAGUACCAGACUCUUUGUCUACAGCAGCACCCAAUCAGCCGCUGUACUACGUUGCAACUGAACAGGCAUUACCACAAAUUAUCCAGGUCAUCAACACCAUGUCUCCCCAAUACAAAGUGAUUGUUUUGGUUCCCCCAGAGUCUCCGGCAUCGGCGUCUAUGGCUGUAUUCCCUUCUCCAAAUUAUUCAUAUGGUUCUGGUCAUACCGGGCCAAAUAAUGGUCCUGCAGCACAGCAGUCUGACUCCCAGAGCCUGGGUUGUCUGUGUUAUCCUCAAAAUAUACACCCUGGGCCGCCUGCGUACUCCGCUUCAAAAUCAUGGAUGGGCGGGGGGUCAUAUUUGCAAGCUUGUCCAUUACACAAGAUGGCAAAUUCAAUUACCCCGGGGGGAGCGUUUCCUGUUAGGAUGAUAUGA